AUGUGUCGCCUGUGCUCCCGCAGGUCGACCGAGCCUCCUGAUGACGAAAGCGAUGGUGAUGAGCGUAUGGAGAAGACGCUGCACAAAGCCAGGAGCAACCUCAGCAACUCGGAAGACAAGCAUGUUGACGAGAAAGAGUGGAAGGAGGCGCUGGCGACAGCAGGUUUGGAGUCUAAAUCGGAGGAGAAGGUCUACUGGGUCGAGCAUCACGCAUUCGAGAGUUUCUUCGCUGUCAUCAUAUUGCUGAACGUCAUUGCCAUUGGCCUUGAGAUUGACAUGAAGGAAUCAACGCCAGAUGUCGUGUGGGUUGUGGUUGGGAACGUCUUCUGCGUCACAUGGAUUGUGGAAGCAUUCGUCAAAAUCUGGGAGAUGCGGCGGCGAUACUUCAAGGAUUGCUUGAACUAUAUAGACAUGAUUUUGGUUGUGCUGACAGUUGCUGACGUCUGGAUACUUCCUUAUGUGACCGACGUGGAGAGCAACCUGGUGGUCUUUCGAAUGCUGCGGCUGAUGCGACUCCUGCGGCUGGUGAAGCUGGUGCAAGUCCUCCGUCGCUUCAGGAACCUGUGGCUGCUGGUGCAGGGCUUCGCAGAGUCCGUCACCACGCUGAACUGGGUCUUCCUGAUGUUGUGCCUCAUCAUGUACACCUUCGCCGUCUGUCUUCGCCUGGCCGUCGACUGCAAAGGUGUUUUUGCUGACUGGAGCGACUGCGAAGCGUUUUUUGGUACCAUCCCGAGGACUAUGUACACUCUCGUUCAGGUCGUCACGCUGGAGUCUUGGAACAUGACGGUGGGGCGCCCUCUGGUCGACCGUCAGCCGCUCCUGUUUCCGGUCCUGCUGCUGUACAUUUUUCUGACCACGUUUGGCCUGCUGAACAUCAUCGUAGGCGUGAUUGUGGAGAACACUUUGAACAUUGCAUCCUCCGAUCAGGACCUCCAAGACCGCCGGAUGCAACGGCAGCUCCUGCAAGAGCUCGAGUUCCUCAAGCAAGUCUUCGAGUCGGCCGACGCGGACGGCAGUGGUACUCUCGAGCGUGAAGAGUUCGUCGAAAUUUGCCAACAGAAGGAGGUGAAGAAUGCACUGCUGCGCAUGGAGGUUCCCGCAGAGCAACCCGAGGAGCUUUUCGACAUCCUGGACGAGGAGGGUGUUGGCCACAUCAACUUCGUCAAGUUUCACGAGAGCGUCAAGAAAGUCCGCGGGGUCCCGACGAAUUUCGACAUGAAGAACAUGAUGGUGUCUGUCUCCGACAUUUUGCGAAGACAAGCUCGUCUGCAAGCUCAACACGACAGGACCAAGCAGAUCGUUCUCGCCAUAUUCAACAACAGCAUCGGAGCGGAACACCAGCUCCUCACAAAGAGCAGUUCGUUCGACAACCUGGAGGUGCACGGCUUCUCCGUCCCAAAGCGAGCUGUUCUUGUGGAGGAGGAUGGUGCCAAGUCCAAGCAAGGCCACUGCACCGAGAACAAGGCCACUACUUUGCGCCACAGCUACUCCCUACAGACGGAGAGCCUGGAGGUAGACGAGGGAUUUGCGCCGCCUGACAGCGGCAUGGAGUCCUCGGAUCAGGAGCUCGAAAAUGACUUCCGCCGCAGUUCUACCAAUACGUUGGAGGACAUCACCUGGAAGGACCCUGCGCAGCCCGAGGCUCCAGCAGGCCAUCCACCUUACUAG